AUGGAGUUGAAAUUCGUAGCUGUCGUAGCUCUGGGCGGUUUCAGUCGUAGCCGUCUGUCGGCCCGCGUCCCCGCAGCCCACGGCCCGGACCGUUGGCCCCACAGACCCCCGACUCCGGUCUGCGGCCCCACAGCCCACGGCCCCGGCCCGCGGCCCCACAGCCCAUCGCCCACGGCCCGUGCCCUCCUACGUCAGUCGCGAUCGAGCCGCCGUACAGAACGCACGUGUCCCUAUCUCCGCUAUCACUACGAUUCAUAUUGCGGAUAA